AUGGCGAGCGAGUUUGUCGCGGAGUACAGGGACCUGCUCGCUCAGCUCAAGCGCAAUGAGAAGCGCGACAUCAACUGCCUCUCUAUGCUGGCGGAGGACAACAGGCAGCACGCUCCUGCCAUCGUUGACGCCAUCGAGCAGCACAUCCUGGUGGCGCCGGGCCCUGUCAAGCUGCCGGCCCUGUAUGUCCUAGACUCAAUCGUCAAGAACGUGAGGGAGCCCUACACAUCUCUUUUCUCGCAACGCCUGCCCGAGGUGUUUGGGUCAGUCUGGGACUCCACGCUGCCCGACAAGCGCGCCUCUCUGGGGCGCCUGUUUGCCACCUGGACUGGCGUCUUUGGCCCAGACGUCCUCGAGCGCGUCAAGGUUCACAUGGCUGCGCCCGGUGUGCCUCAGCUGCUGCCGCAGCAGCCGCAAGUGCUGCUGCAGCCGCAGCCAGUGCAGGUCUUCCAGGGCGGCUACACUGCCACUGGCACCGGGCCAGCGGUGGUGACACUGCCGCCAGGCGCGUAUGUCAGUGCCAUGCCGCAGCCCGUUGUGUCGCUGGCGCCGCAGCCUUUCGGCUCUGGCGGCGGCGCGCCGAUACAGGUGCAGUACCUGCCUCCUGCGCAGGAGACUCAUGAAGGCGUGAUUGCAGCCCUGGUGGAGGCCUCGGCCAAAACGCGCGGCGCUUUUCUUGACCUGGCGUUCUUACGCAAGCAGCGGCAGCGCAGCGGCGGAGCGUCCAGCCGGUCGUGGUAUGUCACUAUCGACCAUUGGCUGACAGGCACGGUGGCGGCGACAGAGGCUGCAGCUGCGUUUGGCGGCGAGGAGGAGGAGCCAGCGACCGAGGAGCUGCCUGCGUUGGAGCCGGAGGACCCCGCCCAGCCCUGCUGCGCCAUAAGUGGCGAGCCCUUUGACAAGGUUUACGACCAAGAAAAGGAGGGCUGGUUUUUCAAGGGGGCGCGCCGCCUCACUCCCGACGAGGCGGCGGCGCACGGCGUGCCAGGCGGCUCGAUCGUCAAGGUGUCCGCCCUGGCGGAGGCCACGCACGCGCCUGGAGACGCCGCGGGUGCCGAGCUGGAUGCGAGCGGCCUGGCGGCCGAAAUUGCGGCGGCAGCAGCGGGCGCGGGUGCACAGGGCGCACAGCAGGAGGGCGGGGCCGGCGGCGCACACGGCGGAGGAGGGGCGGCGCAGGCGGACGCCGCAGGAGGCGUGUGGCACGAUGACAAGAAGGCGGCGGCAGGGGCGGCAGAUAUCACACUGGGCGGCGUGAAGCGCGAGGCGGGCGCCGAAGAGGCGCCGGCAGACGCCAAGCGGCAUCGGGUGCAGUAG